AUGAGCUCCGGAUACGCCUACUACUUCGUCAUCGUCGGCAAGUCUGAUAAUCCACUCUUCGAGUUGGAGUACAGCACCAAAGGCGGCGACCACAACUUUGACCACCGCUACCUGACGCAGUUUGUGGCCCACGCAACGCUGGAUCUGGUAGAUGAGCACAUCUGGAUCACGCCACACAUGUACCUGAAAGGCGUCGACAAGUUCAACGAGUGGUUCGUGACGGCCUUCGUCGGCGGCAACUCGCGUGUCCGGUUUCUCCUCCUGCAUGACGCCUCGAAGAUCGAGGACAGCAACAUUCGGAACUUCUUCCAGGAGAUGUACGAGCUGUACACCAAGUUCGCCCUCAAUCCACUGUACGUUCACCAUACGCCCAUCAAGUCAAAGCUGUUCGACAAGAAGGCCUACAACAUUGCCAAGAGGUACCUUCCCUAA